AUGUCACAAGACGAACUGUUGAAAUCAACGACCGCGCUUACUCAAUCGCCCUCUCCGGACAAGGACGAAGAGGAUUUGACUGAAGCUACCAAAGCCAAUUCGUGGAAACCGAAAUGGAGGGAAUGGCUAGUCAUUGUCUGUUGUUGUGUCAUUGCGGUCGUUGUUGCGCUCGAUGCCACGAUCUUGGUCCCUCUUCUGCCGGUAAUUGUAACUCGAUUCAAGAACGGAGGCAUCCGGGCUAACUUUGAAAAGCGACUUUCGGAAUCUUUAGGCGGAACACCCGUGGAGACUUUCUGGACUGGGACCGCCUAUCUUGUUCCCUGUGCAGUCUUUCAGCCAUUUAUAACUUCAUUAUCUGACUUGUUUGGGCGUCGUCCACUUUUAUUCCUCUCCUUGUCACUAUUUACGGUAGGUACUUUGGUAUGCUGCCUUGCUACAGGCUUUCCUCAGCUGCUCACGGGUCGUGUGGUCCAAGGAAUUGGCGGAGCAGGAUCGAUGUCAGUCUGCUAUGUAAUUUUAGCCGAUAUCAUUCCCCUCCGUCAACGACCAUUAUACUUCGCGAUGCUAAGUCUUGCUGGAGCCCUCGGUACUAUUGUGGGACCGUUGAUAGGUGGUCUUUUCGUGCAAUACAGUAUUUGGCAAUGGGCAUUUUACAUUAACUUUCCGUUCUGCGGGAUGGGGCUGGCAUUGGUGCUCGUCGCAGUGAAACUGAAAUCAAAACCAAUGCCACUGAAGGCCAAGCUUGUGCAGAUUGACUGGGCUGGUGCUACUCUGUUUAUCACAAGUGCCUGUAGCUUCUUGAUCGGGCUCAGCUGGGGUGGCACCCAAUUCCCGUGGAGCAGUUGGCACACAUUGGUCCCAAUCGUUCUUGGUAUAGUCGGUCUGGGUGGAUCCAUUUAUUGGGAGAACUCCAUUGCCUCGCGCCCCUUCCUCCGUGUUCAACUUUUCAAAAAACGAUCUACCAUUGUGGCAUAUACCUGCAUUUUCAUUCAAGGCUUAAUGCUCUUUUGUGAACUGUAUUAUAUACCGAUCUAUCUUGAAUCCGUCAAAGAUCUCUCCCCAACUCUGGCUGGAGUUGGUUUAAUCCCCAUAUCGGCCGUUGUUUUACCAACUAGUGCGGUGUGUGGUGCUUUGAUAUCAAAAUAUGGUCGUUUCCGCUGGGCCAUCUGGUCUGGAUGGGGAACAACAAUCAUAGCUACGUCCCUGCUCUUGCUCCUCGAUCCUGAUAUCAAAACCUAUGGUUGGGUUCUGAUCUUUGCCGCAGUUGGACUUGGCCACGGUCUCAACUUCACUGCUCUCAGCAUUUGCGUCCAAUCGUUCGCGGACACCCCCGACGUCAGUUAUGCAGCCGGGCUGUACACUUUCAUGCGCACAUUCGGAAUGUGCAUUGGAGUCCCUAUUGGUGGCACUGUGUUCCAAAAUCGCUUCAACUAUCACAUUCGUGACCUGGACCUUCCAUAUGGAGUCUCAACAAAUGCCGAGGUGCUGAUAGAGACGCUGAAAAAGAUUACCGCCCCUCCAGAUUUACGCCAGAGUCUUCAUCUUGCCUAUGCACAGAGUUUCCAAGACGUUGUCAAAGUUUUAAUUGGACUGGCGGUGGUAGGAGGAGUAAGUUCGCUGUUUCUGGAGAGUGCAACUAUGGAUAGACAGCUCGAAUCGGAGCAUGUUCUUGAAGGGGCCUGA